AUGAGUAGUUGUAUCCAACAUAACUGGCAGUGCUCCUUGUUUGCUGGCUGCUUCUUUUUCGUGUCAAUUAUGGUUGGAAUAUCUUCUGCCAUGAGCUGGCUCAUAGUUUGUAUUCGCAAUUGUUUAACAACAAUACAACCGAUCGACACCCACCAUCAACAUUUGUAUUCUUUCAUCCAUACUAACGGACCGUUCUUGAAGGCAUCAAAGAAAGUACUGGGGAUGUUUAUUGUACAAUGGACUCCAUUGAUGGUUUACGUAAUUGCCGAUAUCUCGAUGUAG